GACAUCAAGAGUUGCAGGAUUAGUGAUCCUCACUGCUGAUUGGUUUACAGGAAAAAGGGUUGGGAUUUCAUACAUAAAAAGCAUGCAACACAUGAAAUGUCAAAGUCAAACAGUGGACAGUGUGAGAGUAAUCCAACUAUACCACCACUGAGUCUUGAAGAGAGAAACAUAAGGAGUCCCACACGACAGAGAGCUCUCCUAACAUGAUGCCUACAGCUAAAGGCAUGUCCCAAAUGAUACCCAAUCAUGUUUUGAGAGUGGGUCAAACUAUCCGCCUGGACUCCGGCCAGGAGAGGGCCAAUCAACAUCCCAUUGUCACGCAGCCCAGCAGUAACCAUGACGACACUGAUCUUGAUAUUUCCCUGGAUAAUCUCAACCAGCUCAUCAUGGAACUGGAUCCGACAUUUGAUCCCAUCGACAUCAACAAAAGCAGCCAGUGCUUCAGCCCUCCCACAGACGACUCAGAUGAAGAGGACUCUCAUUGCGUGUUGGUCCCCAGAGGAUGUCCUCCCUGCUCCCUGCCUACUGUGGUCCAAUCUGUGUCCCCCAGUAUAGCCAUCCCUACAACCAGCAGUGUGUGCUGCAGCCCCCACGGCACACUGGUGUUCUCCAGCUCUCCUACAGCCUCCCUGCCCCCGCUGCCAUUUGGGAGUGCACCCCGACAAAAUCACUCUUCAAGACAAGACACAAAUCUGCACUUGUCACUCUCAAACAGAAACAGUGCUGUCUCCCUCCUCUCCAUGUCAACAUGCUCGGACACUAGCUACAUCCUCGGCAGCAACCUGUCCCUGGCCAGUGAAGAUGCUGACUCCCCUCCAGAGUCCAUCUAUACUCGCACGUCCAGCUCCUUCAGUGAAGGGUCCAAAACGAGGACCCCAGAUGACAGGCACAGCCCAGAAAAGCCCCUGCUGCUAAGGCGAGGACAUCUACAGGAGCUUCACGGCAAAGGAGCACACAGUAGUCCUGCUUCACUCUCUGGGUCCUGGAGCGAUAUUCCUCUGCUGCUGGUCAAUGGUGAACCUCAGUCGGAUACGUUCCAACAAAAGUCUCCUGGACCAGAGAUUGACUUAAUACAGUCCAACCCUGCGUCCAACUCAAAGCCAUUGUCUCCACACAGUUUCCAAGCCCGUUUUAAUGGCAGCCAGCCCUCAAUGAAGUUUGUCAUGGACACUUCAAAGUUUUGGUUCCGUCCACAUAUCAGCAGAGCAGAGGCUGAAGAACUGUUGAAGGACAAGGAAGCAGGAGCCUUUGUGGUGAGAGACAGCACCUCCUUCAGAGGCAGCUUCGGUCUGGCUAUGAAGGUGGACCAAACAGACGUCAACUCAGGAGAGGGCAGUGAAAAUCUUUUCAGACAAUUCCUCAUUGAAUCAUCAGCUAAGGGCGUACGCAUCAAAGGCUCUUCUCAGGAACCCUACUUUGGUAGUCUCUCUGCUCUGGUCUACCAGCACACUAUUUCUGCUUACGCUCUACCCUGCAAAUUAGUGCUCAACUCCCAAGAUCCAGGUGCAGCAGAUGAGAGGGCUAAAGACAAACAAGCGUCAGAGGACAAAAGUAGAACAGUUGCAUGCAAUUUUGUCUACCUGAAUGCUGUCCCUACUGAAACGCUGACGGGACCCUGUGCAGUGCAUAAGGCGGUGUCUUCGACCCUUGAGAAGGCCUCAGGUUCCUUCAUACCAACCAUAGUGAACCUGAAGGCGUCUUUGAAGGGUGUUACACUGACAGAUGUCAACAGGAAGCUCUUCUUCAGGCGGCAUUACCCUGCUCACCUCCUGAGCUACAGUGGGGAAGAUCCAGACAAUCGACUGUGGGUGAAAGGAUCCAGUUUUGGUGCAAGAACGUUUGGCUUUGUGGCGAAAGGUAUUGAGGCUGGCAUGGAGAAUAUGUGCCACGUGUUUGCAGAAUAUGACCCCCUGCAGCCUUGCAACAGUGUCAUUGAAGUUAUUCGGGCUGCAAUUGCCAAGCAAUAGACUCACAUGACACAUAGGCAACAUGACACAUGGGAUCUUAAAGCAUUACCUACACUUAAACUGUACUUUAUAAGUAACUGUCCAAUAUGGUGGCCAUUGUCUCUGUAUCUACUAGAUUACAAAACAAAUUCUGAAAAGCAUGGUCCCAUAUUAAAGUCAAAAGAGUGGUGUAUAUGAAGAUAUGCAAGGCUGAAUGGCCUUCAAGCAACAAACCAUUCAAGGAAUCAGCAACAUAUGAUUGUAAAUUGCACGCUGCUAAUGUUAAAAUAAUCCAGUUUGUAAAUGUUACAACAACUUGUACAAUACUUUUGUAAAUAAUUUCAAAUUUAAAUGUGUUUUUUCAAAAAGAUAAAAACAUAGAAAUUAGGUCACGGUUUAGCAGUUGAUUUUAUUUUUUAAUUUACAAUUAAUUCCAUGAUAACUUGGGUAUCUGCACUAUUAAAUGUAGUAAUGAGUGAUUUUGAAAAUAGUCUAGACCAGAGGCUUAACAUAUCAUCAUGUCCUUUCAUUUCAAAACAGAAACGUCAGUUUAAAGUUGACGAUGUAUUUAUCAAACUGCACUGUAAACUAUUUGUUCUCCGUAUAUUCAUGUAUUUUUUGCAAACUGUUAUGAUAAGAACACACAUGUUGAACUGUUGCACAUGUGCAUGUGUGUGCUUACAGAUGUAGAUGUGUCAGUGAGAGGCAGCGUGUGUCAAAGCCUCAUCUUUUCCUUUACCCCCUCAUUAAAGCCUCUCGCUGAACACAAAGGAA